AUGGAAAAAAACUAUAUUGUGUUAAUAGGAGUAUCGCUUUUCUUUCUGACAUUGUUUAUGGUGAACACGUUUAAUUAGUAUGAGAAAGUAGUUGAAUAGAUAAAGUUGGAUAAGUAACCAUUAGCAGUUGAUUUGAUGGAUUAUAAAGUGCCAUCAAUUUGGGAUGUUGUGAAACCAGAUAAGGAGGAGCUUGAGAAUUUAGAUAAGGAUGAGAUCGAGAUUAUUAAUGGUAAAAAGAAAUUCAGCAGUGGUAUUACUAGAGAAGAACUUGGUAGAAACGGAUGGACAUUAUUGCAUAUGAUAUCAGCAACUUUGCCUGUAGAUUUUGAUGAGGAAUUCACAUUCAAAAUUAAUGUGUUUUUAAAUCUUUUUGGCUAAUUUUAUCCAUGUAAGGAGUGUGCAGGGCAUUUUUUAAAUAUGACGACAAUCCUUCCAUACGAAGGGAACUCGAGAGUGGAUUUCAUGUAAUAUUUGUGCAUGCUUCAUAAUGAAGUUAAUUAGAGAUUAAAUAAGACUUUGUUCAAUUGUAGUAUUGUUCAUGAAAGAUGGGGUGGAGAUUGUGGAUGCUCAAGUAAAUUAGAAGAGAGCAUCAAAAAAUAUAGUCGAGAUUAGAAUUGA